UCUGGCAGUAAGUGAGUGGAGUUUUCUUUCGGUUUGUGUGGGUUUUAUUUCUGCAGUGGCUCUGCAACAUUAAGUCUAAAAAUAUGGCGGAUGUGGCUGUGGAAGGAGUCCUAUUGGAAAGUUGGAGUUGCCCAAUUCAUCUUUAAAGUAUCUGUUUUAUUUUGAAACCAAAGCUGUAGCAAGGAAGUGGGAAGGAAAGUUUUAGGAGAUGCCUUUCUACAAGAGGAUAGUGGAGCCCAGGCUGGUGUCUAGGUUAAGAAAUGAAGACUUUGGAAGAGUUUGGGAAGACGGUGAGGAUGAAGAGGGGGUCGAGGAGGAUGGACAUGGGCUGCAGAGGAGGAAGAGGAGGAGGAGGAGGAGGAAGAAGAAGCUGGAGCAGGAGCCCCCGCAGCCAAGCGCCUUCCUCUUCGAGAGCCUGCAGGACGUGUCCGGUCACACACUGAUCUCUCUGCUUCGGCAGCUCGCCGACCUCAGCCGCCUCGCAAGCGGCAUCUUCCAAGAGCUGGAGGUGGAGGCGAACUCGCUGUGCGUCCGCUGUAGCCACCUCCACAGCCGGCUGCACAGCGUGCACCACCGCACCCUGCGGCUCGACGCCAAAAAAGUCGCCGUCCCCGUCUCGAACCUGGAUGAAGAGAGUAAAUGGACAGUCCACUAUAAAGCGUCGUGGCACCAGCAAGAGAACGUGUUCCUCCCAUCAAGCCGCUCGCCAUGUGUAGAGGAUUUGCACCGGCAAGCCAAGGUUAACCUGAAAACCGUGCUGCGAGACUGCGAUAAACUAAGGAAGGAUGGUUUUCGCAGUUCCCAGUACUACUCUCAGGGCCCAAUAUUUGCCUCGUCAUCAUCCCAUCUCUCUGCAAGUUGCUUGGAUGAGGAGGAAGAUCAGGAGCAAAUGCAACAUAACUUCUUAAGUUGCCUUAGUCUCUGCUGCCAUUUGACUUCAUGGAAUAACCAGUCCACAGUUUCAUCCGCUGAUGAGGAAAAGCUGUACUAUUCUAGGAGAUCUAAAACCCCAGUGUCCAGUGACCUCUCCGAGAUUGAUGUCCAGACCAACUGGACCAAGGCCCUUCCACUGCCCACUCCAGAAGAGAGGAUGCGCCAACAAGCCCAGGCGGUACAAAGUGACGUCAUCCCAAUAAAUGUAACAGGCGAGAGCUUCGAUCGCCAGGCGGGCACCAGGCGGUCUCUUGUCCGCUCAGACACCGCGCUGAGGCGGCCAACGAGAAUCAAACGGAGAAAGACAAUCACCGGGUUGCCUGACACCAUCCAGAAGGAACUAGGCUCUGGGCAGGCGCAGGUCAGAGGUCACUCCGUUAUCCUGCCUGGUCAGUAUUCCACCAUGAGUCGCCUAGAAAGCAGCAAAGCCACCAGGGCGCGGUCAGUGACCAAGGACUCCUCCUGCCAAACGGAAGAGGUCAAGGUGGUGCCACCGUCAGUCCGGAGGAUUCGGGCGCAGAAAGGGCAGGGCAUCGCGGCCCAACUCUCCCACUCAUCAGGUAACAUGUCGACCGCCAGCGAUGGGACCGACGCUCUGCGUGCCAGCGGGGAGCUGCGUUUCCACAGCCUGCCCCGACCUGGAGCCAGGGUCUCGCUGCACGAGCUAAACGAUGCCCGCCUCACCCUGCGCAAGUCGGAAGAGUCGUUCGGCACGCUGCCCGGCCGGGCGGGCAAGCUGCGAGUGGACGGCUCGGCAACCCAGCUGCAGACGGGCACGCUGUCCAGGCCCAAGUCCCAGGAGAUGCCAGGCCCUCAGGCCGCCGGGGAAGAGCCCACGGCGAUGGCGCGCGCCGUCUCACCCAGCGCCGUGCGCCCGACCCAGAUCACCGCCCACACCACGCUGAGCUCGAAGGCCGAGGUGGUGACCAUCCGCACCUCGCAAGCCCGGGUCGGCUGCUCCGCUGGCCCCACGCCCCCCACCCCCACGUCCCCGAGCAGCGCCGGCGGCCUGCGGGAGGAGAACCGCUCCUCCAGCGGCAACUGGAGCGGCAGCAGCGGCGGCGGCGGCAACGGCUGCAGCUCGGGCCGGCACUCCCCCACCUCCGACACCGUCCUGCCCCCUUCCCGCUGCGACUCGGCUGUCUCCCUGGCGCUGGGCCUGCGGCUGGAGGUGACCAGCGACGCCCGGGGGGGCCGGCUGGGGAGCGGGAGCGGCCCCUCGACGGAGCCUUCCGCCUGCCAGAUGCCGCUGACCCCCAGCCCCUCCUCGCCGGAGGCGCUGGCCGCGAACCCAGGCUCUCGGACCCCCGCCCAUCACCCCUACAAGAAUUCGGACCACCCCCUCUCACCUCCUCCCCCUGAGGUGGACUGGAACUCCCUGUACUCGGAGAUGCGACUCGCACCCGCGGAGGUCACGGCCAGGUCGUGGGGUGAGGACAAAGGUCGGCGAGGCCCGGAGAACCAGACCGGCUACAGUGACCGGUCCCUGGGCCGCAGCAUAUCCCUGAAGAAGACCAAGAAGCCCCCUCUUCCCCCCGCCCGCACGGACUCUCUACGCAAGAAGCCCAAAGGGGCCCGACCCGUGCUCAGUGAGUCGCUCAUCGCCACCCUCCAGCGCUCGCUAGAGGUCAACCUCAAGGGCCAGGAUGGCCCUCCGGCCUCCCCCAGCGAGGGUCGUGACCCCUGGACCAUGCGCCCCCGCAGCCAGAGCAGUGCGAGUGCCGGGGGAGGCAGCAGCAACAGCAGCGGGCGUUCCACUGCUGCCAGCAAUGCCUACUCCACCAGUGCAGCCACGCCGUCCCAGAGUGAGACCAGCAGCCUGCGCUCAGAGUACAGCGACCCCUGGGCCUAUUACACUGAGGGGGGAGGCGGAAGAGCCCAGGAGGAGGGUCUGCAGGCCAGCGCCUGGGACUACGUGCAGGAUGAGCUGCCGCGAGCCUGCCCGCCGCUCGUGGCCGGCACCUCGGCCAAACCAAAGAGCCCGUCCCCAGACAAGUCCCAUGGCGUCACCUCGCCCUCGAGUGGUUACUCCAGCCAGUGCAACACGCCCACCAUGCUGAACCCAGCCCCCGUCUUCUCCCGCCAGACAUCGCCAGGGCUUGCCAAACCAAAGCCAAAGCCAAAGCCAAAAGUCCCCGAGCGGAAAUCUUCGCUGCUGUCCUCUGUAUCAGCCUCAUCGUCGUCUGCAUCCCUAUCCUCAAAUGCCUCCGAUUCCCGGCAUCAAAUGGCAGACGCCGGAGCCGCUCCCUCAGAUACACCGGCUUCAUCCCUGGGUCCUGACCUGAACCCUCCUCUUCCUCCUCCACCACCCCCGGUGUCCACCUUACCCCCUCCUGCUGUCCCUCUGCCCCUGCUGACCCCUCCUGCUGCCCCUCUGGCCCUGCUGCCCCCUCCUGUUGCCCCUCUGCCCCCUCCUUUCCUUCCUGUACCCACUGUCCCCCCUCCUGCACCCCCACUACCCCCUCCUGCCCCCCCCCUGCUCCCCUCUGCCCCACUUCUGGACCUGAAGAUGAUGAACUGUUCAAAGCCCCCGCUCUCGUCCACCCGCCCCUGCAGGAAAGAACCUAAGGCCCCAGCCGAGCAGGCUGAGGCCUAUAAGCCAGCCCUGGGCCUGCCCCUCAUUACACCCAGUGCUCUGCGGAUGGUCCAGCUGAGGUCGGUGAAGAGAAGUGACCGGGCUGACCCCCCGAGGCAGGCGGAGGAGCAGUGUCCCUGGUUGAAGCCGCGGCUGGAGCAGCCGGUGUCUCCACCGCCCAGGAAACCGGCUGUGCUGCAACGGCCUUCGUCCCUCUGCAGAUUCGCCAAACAUCACCACGAGGCCAGCAACGUUCCUGGCAGCGGCCUAGCCCUCAGCUCUGAAAACAGGACCUCUGGCACGGAUGGGCCUGAAUCAUUUGCCCCCUGGAACAGGCCUGAGGUAGGGGCUGGAAAUGAGCUAGAGCCCACGAUGGAGCCACCCAGCCCUGCUCCCACAGCUCAGAGCAAAGGCAUCGAAGCCAGGAUCGAUACAGGGCAAGAUCAAGAGAGGGUGUCACCGCCUGAAAACCCCAAUGCCAAAUUGGCCAGCAAAAUGCCACCUCCCAUUGCCAGGAAACCCAAAUUGAGUCUACUUGUCCCACCAUCUGCCUGGAACCUCCCCCUUCAAGAGAAACAGGUGUCGAUCCCCUCGGGAUCUGUAGCAGAAGACACCACCACCACCACCACUACCACCACAGCAUCUACUGAGACCAACAGAGACCAGCCCUUAGCUCAAAGUGUGGAAGUGACAGAAUCUGACAGCUCCCAUACUGCCAAGGGACCUGAGGACACGGUGCAGCACAAGGCCUGGGAAGCCCGUGUGGAGAUCCUGUUCGACGAAAGCCGGGAAAAUCCAAGUGUGCAGGAAGAACUGGCAACAGAUACGUCAAACACUUGGGAUGCCAUGGAAGAGAGCAGUGCAAUAACCUGCCAAGAUGAUGAAAUGGGCGAUGUGUUUGAACCCAGUUCCCCCACCUUUGCUAGCAGUAACGGUUGGAGUAUUGAAGACCCUAGCACUCCCAGCAGGCCCAGGACAACUGAGGACUUAUUUGCAGUGAUUCACAGGUCCAAAAGGAGAGUCCUGGGCCGGAAAGAUUCUGAGGACGAGCUGUGUAAGACUGUGUCCCCUUCUCCUCCCGUCACCCCCACGGGGAACAUCUCCAGCCCGGGCAGUUUCAAGCAAGUUGGCUCCAUCCAGAGGAACCUGCGGAAAUCCAGCACAAGUAGCGACAGCUUCAAGGCCCUGCUUUUGAAGAAGGGCAGCAGGGGAGAGGCAGGCUGUCGCAUGUCGGCAGCUGAGAUGCUCAGGAGCACUGACCCCAGGCACCGGCAGUCCGAGCCGUCGCCGCCGGCCGAGGCGGCCCGGACCAACGGCUGGAGUCCGGCCGAGAGCCGCUCGCCAGGGCACCGGGGGCGGAACCCCCGCGAGGAGUGGGCCUCGCAGGAGGGGCCCGUGCCCCGGGGGGCCGGGCCGGCGGGCAUCCGGCACGGGCGCUCACGGACCCCGCCCUCGGCCGCCAGCAGCCGGUAUGGGGCGCGGCACCUUCACCUCCACCGGCUCCACAGCAGCCCCAUGACCGUCAUCUGCGAAGGGGAGGCCGAGAACUCGGAGGUCGGCGAGGGUCCGUGCCCAGGCGACGAGGGGCGGCGGUACAGCGAGGGUGACAUCGUCAGCAGCAGCGGCCUGGGCGAAAUUCAGGGCAAGCAGGAGUCCAGAGGCAACAGCGUCUCCAGCCACGCAGACUCGGCCCCUACCCCACGGGACCCUCCAGACUCAACGUGCGGGGCAACAGACAUUCGCCCAACCCAGAACGGCUCCGCUGCUUUAACAGAAGAAGGUGUGAACCAGGACUGGGACUCGUGAAAGAAGAAGAAGAACAGCAGAGAGAGAGAGAGACUGAUUUUAUUACCCCACGUUUUCAUUUUCGUUUAAAAGUCAAUUGCAGUGCAAAGGGCAAAAAAAAAAACCCACCGAGGAAAAGCCCAAAAGGUGAAGGCCUCGGCCUUUGCCCACCCCCUACCUAUCCUGUCGGCUGUGCUGAGCUGUGCAAACGUGGGAGGUGUCAGCCGUGCACUGAAAAGAGAGACUUGCAUUUAAAUAGCGCCUUUCACAACCUCAGGAAUUCCCAAAGCGCUUUACGGCCAAUGAAAUACUUCUCCAAAGUGUUGGAAAGUAGGGGAUAAGAGCUCCUUUGCGUUCAGUGGGAAAGAGUCGCGGAGAGCUUGAGAGAAAGAGGUUGUUACAUAUUGACUGUAGCGAGCGCCACUGUUGUGUCUUUGAGAUUAAGGCAGGCUUCAGGCCGCUGGAUGGAAUAGAGACUGUCGGGAGAAGCUAAGAGAUGGCAGGAAGAAGGUGACUUUGGAAUCUGGAGUUGGUGGAAGAGGAAGAGAGCAAGAGCACAAAAGAAGGACAAGGGGGAGAGGACAAGGAGGAUGAGAGGUUUUUUGAAAGUUCUUUUUGUGGCAAAAGUUUAUUUCCCUCGAGUUGAAUUUCUCAGUGGAACUGAGGUAGAGAGACUUGCACUGUUGGUGCCUGGGCAGGUUCUGGGAGAAAGGAGCAAUUCAUGGGGAUUGAGGUCUAAGCUCUGACGUCGGACAAUGUAAUGGAGGGUUGGGGUCUUUAGCUGGUUGAUACCUCCAUCCCUUGGUGCAAGAAGGAAAUAGUAAGUACUGUAAAUGGAAGAGUCGGCAUUGGAUAAUCCGUGUUGUCUUUACCUUGGAGAAUUAUCAAUUUCAAAUAUGUUGUAGCAGUAGAAUGCAAGCAAAGAUCCAGUCUUUGUGCCGUUAAUGGUUAAGUGUGUCACCCGGCAUGACACCGAGCUGUUCAGACCAGGAGGGUUCCAGUUCCAGACCCAGUCUGUGUUUAGCUAACCUAGUCAGAAUGGGUAUAGUUGGCUUGUUUUCCCAAGAGGGGUCAGGUGCUGAGUGGGUGAAGGUCGGUGAGAAAACACUCAAGCUGCAGUUGCCGCUCCCCAUUGGGACCCUUGCUGGAAAGCACAGCAGGGUCAGAGGCCAGUCCACUGGACUUCCUACCUGCCAGAGAGCCUCACCUUGUAUGGCAAGGCUGCAUAAACCCAACGAGGGGGUGAGCUGCCCACCGUCUGUGAGACUGUAUCUACAGACUGAGUCCCUCACUACCUUCAGGAGAGGAGAGGAACUCAUGGGGGGGGAGAAAAUGAAGGGUGCACAAAAGUGCUCUCUUGGGAUUCAGAUGUUCCUGAAUCCAUUCAGUUUAAUACAAAUAAUUUUUGAUGUUUUUUUUCUUCUCAUUUGUCUCUUUUUCCCAGUUGUCACUGAGUUAGUAGAAUUAACCAACUAAAUUAGCAAUGAACUGAAGAAAGCCAUUUGACUCUGCUAAUCCAAUCAUAACACUCUCCUGGCUUCAGCUGAGUAGUCAGAGUCCCAUGUGAUGCCAUCCUGAUUUAGUGGCACAAGGUGUCACUAGUAUAGGUGUGUCACUAACACCAUCCCUAAUCCUCAACCUGAGCCACAGAACCCAGUCUGACCGCCCCCCCCCCCCCCCACCCCAAGUUGAUGCCUUUACCUGUGCCGGGUGAUAUCAACAGAGUUUUACAGCAUGGAAAGAGGCUGUUUGGCCCAUCAUGUCUGCGCUGGUCUUCAAGCCCCUAUCUACUCUAAUUCCAUAUU